AUGUCUAUGCUGCUAGCGUGCUAGCGGUUGAAUGUGAAAGCGGCUUGCCGUACUACUCUUAGUCUCCGGGGGGAGUGUCUGCUGUGAAUAACCGCUGAAUCUUCGCCCAGUAGCGGAUCAUCUCUCUUCCGAAGACCGCAGGAGGACCGUGACGGACGGGCCGGUGGAAAAAUAGACGGAAAAUAGUGGAAACUCCGCGUGGAUUAAAGACGAGACGAUCCUGAGGAGGAACCAUCAGGGGAACUGACUGGAAACUUUAGACAAAGAGAGCUUCUUAUCUGAGGAGGGAAAUUAAGCGCAUUCAGGAGCUAAAGUGAAGGUCUGACGGGAAUCUGGAGCUUUCACUGGAAUACUGAUUUCACUGAGGAGUUUCAUUUUAAAUAAACAAUAAGAAUAAUAAACCGGCGCGCUGCCCUAACAUGGAGCUCAAGUGGGGACUUCUUCUUUUGGGUCUUUUCCAGCUGUCUUGCGAAUCUCAAAAUUGUACAACAGGAUUUAAAAAGGAAAAAAGUCGCUGUGUUGAUGAAAAUGAGUGUGUCGAUGUACGUUUGUGUGGUAAUAACGCUCAGUGUAUAAACACAAAUGGAGGUUACUACUGCACCUGCAAUGAAGGAUUUUAUUCAAACCCCCCAAAUUUCACAGCAGGAUCAACAGGACAGUGUGAAGAUAUCAAUGAGUGUGUUCAGAAUAAAACCAGAUGUUCUGGUGAUAUGAAGUGUGUGAACAGUGACAGCACCUUUAAGUGUGUGUGUAAAGACGGAUAUCGAGAGACGAGACUGGACUCAGGAUGUGCAGAUGAGUGUGUGUUCUCACCGUGUGGACUUCACAGCAGUUGUUUUAACACACUUGGCAGUUUCUUCUGCAAUUGUUCUUCAGGGUUUGAGAAACUUGAGAAUGGCACGUGUGGAGAUAUUGAUGAGUGCAAUGAAGUGCAAGGUGUUUGCGGAGAACACAGCAAAUGCGACAAUACUCAAGGCAGCUACAUAUGCAGAUGCCAUCAGGGCUUCACAAACUACGGAAACAACCAGUCCAAAUGCAUUGAGAUGAACUGCGACCACUUUAAGACAGAAACUGAUGCGGAGAAAAUGCCAAUAAAGCUGAAGGAGUUACUGUCGCAGUUGCAGAGCAGCUGUGAGUCUCUGGUCACUCCAGACGGAGAGCGUAAGACCGGAGAACAGUUGAUGGAGAAUCUGUUCACCUCCACUGAUGACCUGCUGUCGGAGAUAAACGAUGAUGGCGAGACUCUGAGUGUUCUUCUGGAUGCAGUGGAGAACAGCAUGCGUCUGAUUUGUCCUCAGCUGAAAGAGCCUGUGACGCGGAUGGAAAAACACAACACCUACGCCGAGGUUGCGGUCACACGGAAUCAGACUCCGCCCAGUGGGAGUGUCAUUCUAAGCACAGGCUCUGCCCUCUUCAACACUAGCUGGGAGACGGUUGUUGGGAAAUCAUAUCCAGGUUUUGCAUUUGUGUCGCUGGUCAGUUAUAAAGAUCUGAAUUCAUCCAGCAAUCUGUUCCACGAUGUGAGCAGAAAAAAAUCAGACAUGGAGGAAAACGCCACUCACAAACUCAACUCAAAGGUGGUGACGGUCGUCGUCAGUAAUCCAGACACCAAACACCUGUCAGAGCCGGUGACGCUCAUCUUUACACACGUGGAGGAGAGGGUGGAGUCAAAGAGUGUGGCUUAUAACUGUGUGUACUGGGCGGAGUCUGAGAGGGCGUGGUCUAGGCAGGGCUGCGAGAGGACGUGGUCUAACAGCACUCAUACAGAAUGUUCCUGCUCUCACCUCAGUAGUUUUGCUGUUCUGAUGUCACUCUACCCUGUCCAGGACACGUUUGAGUUGGUGGUGAUCACGCGUGUGGGUUUAGUUCUGUCUCUGCUCUGUUUAUUCCUCUGUAUCCUGACCUUCGGCUUCUGCCGCUCAAUCCAAAGCACCCGGAACAGCAUCCACCUCCAUCUGAGCGUCUGCCUCUUCAUCGCAGACCUCGUCUUCCUCUGCGGGAUCUCCAGCACUCACAAUCAGGUGGCGUGUGCGAUUGUGGCCGGUCUGCUCCAUUUCUUCUUCUUGUCUGCGUUCUGCUGGAUGCUGCUGGAGGGGGUUCAGCUCUACAGGAUGGUUGUUCUGGUUUUUCACACCACAUUAAAACAGCUGUACAUGUAUGCGGUGGGAUACGGAGUCCCUGUCGUCAUCGUCUCCAUCUCUGCCAUCGCCUUCCCAAAGGGAUACGGCACAGACAGACACUGUUGGCUCUCUCUUGAAUACGACUUCAUCUGGAGCUUCCUCGCGCCCGUCUGCCUCAUCAUCGGCCUCAACAGCUUGGUUUUUGUCAUCACCGUGUGGAAACUGGCUGAGAAAUUCUCCAGCCUCAACCCAGACCUCUCCAAACUCCGCACUAUUAGGGGCUUCACGGUGACGGCGGUGGCUCAGUUGUGUGUUCUGGGAGGCAUGUGGAUUUUCGGCAGUUUCCUCUUCUAUGAGAAAGUAACUCAGGUUGCGCUGUACCUUUUCGUCAUCCUCAACAGCCUACAGGGGGCGCUGAUCUUCAUCAUGCACUGUCUGCUGUCCAGACAGGUCAGAGAGGAGUACUGCAAGCUCAUUACUAGGAUCUGCUCACUCAAGGAGAAGAAAUAUUCAGAAUUCAGCACCACCAAUCACUCCAGUCAGCAGCCGCUCCGGAGCGAUCAGACCAGCGGAGAAUCAAAGAUAUAGAGCAUCCGUCCAGUCCUGGAGGAUCUUUACAGACAUCUGACCUUUCAGACUCAUGACUUUACUUCUGCAGCACACCAGAUCUGCUUUCUGUCUGUCUGAUCGCUGAGAUUAUGAGUGCAGGCGUGGACUCGUCACUGGAGAUGAAACAAGAUGAAACAUAUCAGCUCAAAUAAUAAAGCAUGCAGGUCAGUCAUCGAAUGGACUUUGGAGACACUUUUGCUGCAUCCUAAUUUGCCUACUUAUACUGCGCUAAAGCGAUAUAUUAGGAACAAAAGUAUGUUCUUAUAAGGGUGUGAGAGUUUUACGUCAAACUACUUCUGUUAGCACUGCUACAGAACUACUACCAUUCUGUUGCUUAGUAACAUGUCCUGUCAAUCAUCUGGUCAUAUCAUGCACAUUUCAUUUCCAUUCAUUUGCAUCUGCUGUCUGUGGGUCUGUUAUGCAGAGAAAUGUCCUCAGGUCUUUGCCGAAAUAUGCAUUUAGAAAUUAAAGACCAUAAAAGCAAAUAAAAGAAAUAAAAGCCCCCAGUGUUGCUGCAGAUUAAAUAUGACGUGGAGAACAUGAAUGAAUAUUUUCCAUUAAAUAUCUUUACCUAAUCCUCUCAAUUUAACCAUCACUCUCACACAAUCGCCAUGUUUGUAGUUCUUAAACACUUUUUUUUACCAGUGAUUGCAGUUUUAAUGAAAUUCAUAAUGCAUUGUGGGUAAAAUUAGCUGUUAGCGUUAGCAUUUAUUUUGCACUUUAAUUUUUUUCAGUAAUAGUAGACCAUCUGGGUGACUUUGGGAAAAUAAUUUCAACAUACAUCCAGAUUUGGGAUACAUUAUUCUAUAUUCAGAUACUAUUUAGGAUGUAUGGUAUGCAAAUUGGGAUGCAGUGUUUAGCUAUUUUGUUGUACUUAAAAGGUGCACUAAGCGAUAUUUUGAAAAUGCAUUCAGCAUAGUCACGUUAGUUUAAUCGCGGGACAAUUAAUGCAAAUUUUGCAUAUUUGCGGCAAACGUGCAGCACAUUUUGCAUCAUUCGCUGCCCUGCGGAAAUUUGCCUAUAAUUGCGCAUUUGUACUCGUACGAAUAAUUAACUUCAUUAUUCAUCAAAAGACCUAAAACACACUUCAACAAAUCAACAGCAAUGGGGGUGUCUAAUAAUGAUAGUGAAGAUGUAAUAAGUGGGUGGGGUCUGUUAGAUUAUGGGCGUGUUUGUUUUGGUGCUAUUAAAUAUCAACAGUCUCAAAACACUCCUGCAGCCAAUCAGCAGUAAGGGGCGUGUCCAGUAAUGAUAGUGGAGAUAUGUAAAGUGGGCGUGGCUUGUUUGAUUAUGGCCGUGCUUGUUUUGGUGAAUUUAAAUAUCGCCAAAACACACCUGCAGCCAAUCAGCAGUAAGGGGCGUGUCCAAUAUUGAUAGUGGAGAUAUGUAAAAUGGGCGUGGCUUGUUUGAUUAUGGCUGUGUUUGUUUUGGUGAAUUUAAAUAUCGCCAAAACACACCUGCAGCCAAUCAGCAGUAAGGGGCGUGUCCAAUAUUGAUAGUGGAGAUAUGUAAAGUGGGCACGGCUUGUUUGAUUAUGGCCGUGUUUGUUUUGGUGAAUUUAAAUAUCAACAUAUACAGAGUGCCAAAACACUCCUGCAGCCAAUCAGCAGUAAGGGGCGUGUCUAAUAAUGAUAGUGGAGAUAUGUAAAGUGGGCGCGGCUUGUUUGAUUAUGGCCGUGUUUGUUUUGGUUAAUUUAAAUAUCAACAUAUACAAUGUGCCAAAACACACCUGCAGCCAAUCAGCAGUAAGGGGCGUGUCUAAUAAUGAUAGUGGAGAUAUGUAAAGUGGGCGUGGCUUGUUUGAUUAUGGCUGUGUUUGUUUUGGUGAAUUUAAAUAUCAACAUAUACAGAGUGCCAAAACACCUGCAGCCAAUCAGCAUUAAGGGGCGUGUCCAGUAAUGAUAGUGGAGAUAUGUAAAGUGGGCGUGGCUUGUUUGAUUAUGGCUGUGUUUGUUUUGGUGAAUUUAAAUAUCAACAUUAACAAAGUGCCAAAACACACCUGCAGCCAAUCAGCAGUAAGGGGCGUGUCUAAUAAUGAUAGUGGAGAUAUGUAAAGUGGGCGCGGCUUGUUUGAUUAUGGCUGUGUUUGUUUUGGUGAAUUUAAAUAUCAACAUAUACAAAGUGCCAAAACACACCUGCAGCCAAUCAGCAGUAAGGGGCGUGUCUAAUAAUGAUAGUGGAGAUAUGUAAUGUGGGCACCUGCAGCCAAUCAGCAGUUAGGCUUUGUCUAAUAAUGAUAGUGGAGAUAUGGGGAAAAUGGGCGUGGCCUAUUUGGAUAUGGGCAUUUGAUUUCAAAUAUUAACAUAAUUCGGGAAGAUUGACUUAGUGCACCUUUAAGUGUAAAACACCUUAGAUUGAAUGUGAAAGGCAGCUUUUAUUUGCUUGUAUAAGAAACAGUUUGUAAAGAUUCUAUAUGUAAAACUAGUCUAUAAUCUGCAUUAUGAAAUUUAUCAUGUCAUUUCUUUACCACAUUUGCACUUUGGCGCCACUCUGUCUUUAAGCUGUUGGGAAAUGUGACUGCUAUUUAUAAACAGGUGAGAGAGGUACUUUAGAUUUAUGAAGCUAUUCAAAAUAACAGGAAUGAGAUUAGUAAAACAGCCUGUUUUAACUCCAGAUGUUGUUAUUUAACUCUUACAUCUGGAUCACUCAUGUCGGAACUGAAGCUCGGUUUUGGACUUUAGUUUUUAAUGUUUUAAUCUGAAAAUUCCUGUUUUUGAGAAAAUUAAUGAGAUUUUUAUUAAAACUCUUUGCUUUUGCAAUGUUUUUUUUUAUUUUUUACAAACUUUCUAUUGUAUGUAUUGUUGUACUAUUUGUAAGAAACAUGUUUCCCAUAAUGAAUGAACUUUGUGUAUCUUCUAGAUAAAGUGUUUUUGUACUUGAAUAAGGGUCAUUAUUUGCCCUAAUGUGGUACUGCCAUCUAUUUUUCAGCAAAUAUUAAAUAACUGCACAAACAUGCUGUGGCUAAUUAUUCAGUUGUGUUCCAGUUGUUAUUCUAUUAGAGUUAUUAAAGGGACGGUUCACCAACAAA